AUGACAAAUAUUUCUACUCAAAAACCCGACUCAUUAUCACAAGAUACAAAUCGGAGUUCCAAUAAUGAUAUUUCAUCUCGACAAACUGAUUCAAUAUCAUCAAGUUUUCAUUCACGUUAUUGGAUAUUUUUAUUUGAUAAUUUAAAACGAUCUAUUGAACAAAUCUAUCAAACAUGUGAAUCCGAUCAAAAUCCAUUACAAUGUCAAGAAGUUACAGAACUUCUCUGUCAAUAUUGUAAAAAUUUUGAAAUUCUCAUGAAAAAAUUUCAACAUAUACAAAAUCUUGAUAAUAAAAUCGACGAAAUGAAAAGAAACUAUCUUAGUCAAUCGUUAAUUACAUUACCAUUUGAAACAGAUAUAUUACCUCUCAGGCCAUUUGAGCAUUCUCAGUCAAUAUGUAAUGAUGAAAUAUUUUGUUCAGAUGAUUUAUUACGUCGACAAAAACGUUUACAUAACAGUGAUAUAAAUUUAAAUGUAAAUAAAACUUUCUAUCAUUAUUUAAUGGAUACAAAUAAAUUUAAACGACAAAAAUCUAACAAAUAUCGUAAAUCAACAGGAAGUUCAAGUUUACUUUCAUUACCAUCAUCAUUUUCAUCAACAACAUUAACAAAUGAUUCAUCAAUGACAUUAAUUACAAGUACAAAUCAAUUAUUAUUACCAUCAAAACAAAUGUUAACUGAAGAAACAGCAGGUGAUGCUGAUGAUGAAAAAGAUAUUCGAGAUGAAACAGUUAAUACUAAUCGUCCUCAUCGAUAUUAUCAUCAAUUAUCAACAACAUCACAUUAUCGUCUUAAUCAACAAAAUUUAACAUCAGAAGAUGAUGAUGAAGAACUUCUCUUAAGAAAUCAUCGUGGAAUGAUUGAUUUCAUGGAUCGACAAAUAUUUGAUGCAUUUGAUCAAGAAGAAUCAUUAGCUGAAGCAUUAGAAGCUGAACAAGAACGAACAAUAGCUUCAUUAAUGGCUGAACAAGAAGAUCUUGAACAUCAAUUGAAUAAUGUUAGUGAUGAUGAUUUUUUAUUAGGUGGUGAUGAUGGAUCAGAAUUAGAAGAAAGUGAAUUAUCGACAACAAAAACAUCAAGUUAUUUUAUGUCACUACACGAUGAUGGUGAUGAGAAAGAUAUAAGUCCAAAUGAUCUAUCACGUGAAGAUAAUGAUUCUGAACCUGAUGGAAAAUCUCGAACAAAACUUCUUCGUAUACAGGAAAAAUUAUCAUCACCUUCACGUAUUCGACCUCUCAGUGAAACUCUUCGUGAAGCAGCUGAACGACAAGCACGAGCAUUUACACGACGUCAAACUUUACGAGAUGAGAAAGCAAGAAAAAUGCGUGAAUUAACUCAUCGAGUCAAUGAAGUUCGUCAGUGGAAAGAAGAAUUAAUCAAAGCACGUAAAACAACUAUUGAAAUGAAAAUGCACCGAGCAGAAGAAAAACGUCAAUAUUUAUUGUUUUUAAAAGCUAAAAAAGCUGGUGAUGAAGAUUUAAAAGGACAAGAAAUAGCUUUUAUUAAAUUGUUACAACAAGAAAAUCGUCGACAAACAUUAAAAGAACGUUAUCAAAAAGAAGAACAAUUCAAACAAUUUCUUGAAGAAGAACGUGUUAAAAAACAUGAUGAACAUAAACAACGUGAAUUAGCAGCAGAAAAUCGUCGAAAAGAAUUAGAAGCUAUACGACAAACACGUCUUAAUGAAAUGCAAGAAAAAUGGAAAACGAAAGAAAGAAUGAUUGAACAACAUUUAAUUGAAAAACGCAAACAAAAACAAACAGCAGCUAUUGCUAAACAAAAGAGUUUUCAACAAAAACGAGCUGAGCAUGUCGCUUAUCUUAAAGCGUCAACUGUUGAAUUAAAGAAAAAAUUGGCAUUAAAACAAGAGGAAAGUGCUCGACGACAUAUAACACAACUCGAAGAAAUCCGUCGAAAAGCAAUGGAAAUGGCUACAUUUCGUGGUCCAAGUGCUGAAGAUCAUCAUCAUAAUCAUCAUGUACUUUCUGCAUCAAAUGAUAGUAAAGCAACAACAUCAACAAUGAAUAUUCCUGCAAGUGAAGAACCAAUACCAACACGAAAAUUGUGUACACUUUGUAAUCUUUUGUUAGCUUCUGAUCUUCAUUUGCAAACACAUUUACGUGGUACACGUCAUAAUCAAUUGUUAAUCGAACGAUUCAAUCAAAAGAAUGACAAUGGAACAAAAAAACAACCAAAACAAGAAGAUAUUGAUACAUUUAAUGUUGAAUGUAUAACCAUUGUUACCAAUGAUGAUAUUGUACGACAAGAAAUGGCUUAUAAUCGAGAACGAAAACAUGCAAUGAAAAAACGAGCAAAAAAAUUACGUCUUCGAAUGACUCAACGUUCGGUAGCCUAUGAAGCUGAAAAUGCUCAACGACCUUUUUUGACAUCAACUCAUAAAGCACGUAUUCAACGAUUUUUAAAUGAAUUAGAAAAAUCAUUAAAUACAACAGCAAGAAAAGAACCAUUGAAUACAACGAAUUAUUUAUCAUGUCAACGAAUUCUUACUGAAUUUGUUAAAAUUUUCGAUACACACGGUUAUGAAAAGGAUUCACCACUUGAACAACGUGUUUUUUUCAGUCUAAAUGGUUAUACAACAUUAACUAGAAUGAUUGAAUUACGUGCAGAAUGUAAUAAACUAGCUCUUGCACCGGAAAAUCUCAUCGCAUUGACCAUAUCAGUUUAUCGAGCAGCAACAAAUAAUAAUCUUGAUAAUGCAAUGUAUGUAUUGAAUAGUGGCAAAAUUUUAACACUUGUCGAAAGUUUAGUUCGACAUUUAACGGGUUUAAAAAUUGAUGAUUUAACAACAUCACAUAUUGAUCAAAGUGAAAGUGAAAAAUUAGCUCAGAUUGAUUUAGUAACUAAUCUAGCUGAAUUACUUGCUGAUCUUCUUACAAUGUAUAAUUCAAUAGCAAGAGAUAUUCGAAAACAUGAAAAUGAAACUAAUGAAGAUAAAUUAACAAUAAGUCGUUUAACUGAUUUUAUUAGUUAUAUGGCUAAUGUUGGUGUUCUUGAUCGCAUAGCAUCAUUUUUUCGUACAGCUCGAGCUAUUGUUAAUACAACAAAAUCACGUGUACCUGAUAUGAUUAUUCAUUUACUUAAUCUUUUACAACAAAUGGUUAAUUUUUCUAAGCCAAAAGUAUGUCAAGUGCCAUUUGGUCAAUCAUCAAAAAAAUCAACGAAUGAUUCAGCACAAGUAUUAAAUAUAAUGAAAUCAACAAAUUUUUGUGAAAUACUUUCAUUAAUCUAUGGUAUUCUUAUUCAUGAAACUGAUAAUAAUAGUAAUAAUCAAAUGAAUACUGAUAAUAAUAGUACGAUAACUGUACAUGAAAAAACAUUUAUUAUUGUAAUUAAUUCAAUGAUUCUAUUGAAUACACUUGCAAUACUUGACCUUGAUGCAUUUCAAACAACUCUUGGUGAAGAAACAAUCUCACUUCAACUUCGACAUGUUGCAAAUUAUAUUCUUGCUUAUUGUAAUCAUCAACAAACAACAAUGAAUGAUAAUCUUCUACGUCAAAUUAUUCUUCUUAUCGGUUAUUAUUGUGUUUUAAAUCAAGAUAAUCAAUGUCGUUUAGCUUUUGGUAAUCGACCAACUGUAUUACAACAAUUAUCAUGUUUACCAUUUCGUUAUUUUGUUGAAUCAAAAUAUAUGGAUAUACUUUUUCCAACAUUAAUUGCUUGUUCAUUUGAUUGUGAAACAACACGAGCAAUUCUUCAAACUGAAAUGUCACUUGAUCUUGUUGGAAAUUACAUUCAAACAAAAAUGACGGAAACAACGACGAUUAAUGAAGACGACAUUAUUUCUGCUUUUCAUAUGAGAUUUCCACGUGAUGAAUUGAAUGAUGCUUUGAAAUACUAUCAAUCAAAACCGAAGAUUACAACAAAUCAAAAUCAAAUCGAGCCUCAUGAAUCAAUUACUAGCAAGAAGCAAAGUGAUGAACAAAAAGAAAAUGAAUCUCCUCCCGAUAAUAAUGACAUCAAAUCUUAA